AUUGUAUUCAAAUAUUAGUUAAUCAAACUUCUGAAGAAUAUAUUUCGAUUUCAAAUCAAAUGGUUAAUCAAACUUCUGAAAAAUAUAUUUCGAAUUCAAAUCAAAUGAAUUAUCUGAAUAAUGUUAGUAUUAAUGAAGUUUUAACAUAUUCUAACGAAAGAUUAUUUGAUAUUAUAGAAACCAAAAUUUUUGAUUAUGUAAAAAAUACGGCACUUGAAUCUGAAAAUACAAAUUUAAAAGUAGAAAAUGCGGAACUUAAAUCAAGAAACGUAGCUCUCGAAAAAAACAAUGCGGAUUUUAAAUCAAGAAACUUGGCCUUUGAACAAAGCAAUGUGGACCAUAAAUCAAGAAACUCUGCUCUCAAACAAGACAAUGUGGAACUCAAAUCAAGAAAUGUAGUUCUAGAAGAAACCAAUUUGGACCUUAUAACAAAACUUAUAGUUAGCAAAAAAGAACUUGAGACCGUCAAAGAAAGUAAUAUAAAUCUUAAAAUGAAACUUACUAAGACUGAAGAUGAACAUAAGGCUUUUAAAACAAAGCUUGAGAUUAGUGAAAAAGAAUGUCAAGCUUCCAGAAAGAACAUUGCAAAACUCAAAACAAGACUUAUAGCCAUUGAAGAUGAAAAUGCAUCUCUUAAAAAAGGUCUCAAAGAUUUAAAUAUGCAAAAAAUGAAAGAUGAUAAAAUAAGCCAAAAAAGACUAGAUUCAAUAAUGAAACUGAAACAAAAUUAUCAGGAAUAG